CAAAGCACAUAGAACGGGAGUUGUCGAAGUUCCGAGGUUCAGUGAAGGCGCCAUGAAGAUAAACAGACGCACACCAUGCAGACGGAGGGGUUAACAGAGACACGAAUUACUCAACCAGCUCCCUGAAAUAGUUUCUAUUUGAAGGAAAACCUGCUUUUAAUCUUAAUUUCUGUGUGUCUACAAACCUGAAAGGAGGAACAGUCUCCCUCUCUGACAAACACACACUGUCAUGAUGGUGUCGUACAAGCGGCUGAACCCUGAAGAUAUUCAGUUUUCUGGUGCACUGCUGUCAGAGGAGCCUCGUCCUGUCCGCGAGGACAUUUCAGUGCCAGAGCAAGAGGACUCUACUCUGCUUCCCCGUCGGCCCACAUGCUCCGUCACCACAGGCCUCCUGGUGCUUGGCUUCCUGCUGCUGCUCCUCUGUGGAGGCUGGCUGCUGGGCACCAUGUUCUGGCUACACAGGCCGUCAAAUCAAGAACCGCGUAGACCUCCAGCACCGGCUGCUUCACCAACACUGGAAUACAAAGAAAAGAAAGGAGUGAACAACACUGAAGCCGCGGCCCGCCGUGUGGCGUGCUCUCUAAUCCCCGAAGCGUGGAGGUUUGAUUGUUACCCUGAAAGAGGCGUGGUUGUGACCCAAGACUUGUGUGAGGCAAGGGACUGUUGCUUUAUCCCAGCAUCCUCUGCCUCCUCCUCUGCCAGCAGCCCAUCCGGGAGGAAUGGUAUCCCCUGGUGUUUCUAUCCGCCAGAUUUCCCCUCCUACUCACUUGUGUCAAUAAACGACUCAUCGCUGGGACAGAAAGGGAAGCUGGUGAAGGAUGUGAAGACCUACUACCCCGCAGACAUCCUCACUCUGGAUCUGGAGAUCCGUUAUGAGACAGACACACGGCUACGUGUCAGGAUCACUGACCCCUCCAGUUCUCGGUAUGAAGUGCCAAUCUCUGUCCCAACUGCCACCAAGAAGGCAGAAAAUCCAGAUUACGUAGUUGAGCUUUCAAAGACGCCGUUUGGUCUCAUCGUGAAGAGAAAGUCUACAGGAACAGUUCUUCUGAACACCACGGUGGCUCCUCUCCUCUAUGCUGACCAGUUUCUCCAGUUCUCCACCUCCCUGCCGACUCAGUUCAUUUAUGGUCUGGGCGAGCACCGGUCCACCUUCCAGCACGACGUCCACUGGAACACGCUCACCAUGUGGGCGAGGGAUGUGCCCCCUAUGGAGAAGACAAACCUGUAUGGAGCUCAUCCGUUCUACAUGGUGAUGGAGGACGGAGGGAGCGCGCACGGCCUCUUCCUGCUCAACAGCAACGCCAUGGACGUGGCCCUGCAGCCCGCCCCUGCUCUCACCUGGCGUGCUAUCGGUGGAAUCCUCGACUUUUACGUUUUCCUCGGUCCUGAUCCCGGUGCAGUGAUCGAACAGUACGUGGAGGUCAUAGGCUUCCCAGCAAUGCCCAUCUACUGGGCCUUAGGCUACCAUCUCUGCCGCUGGGGCUACAACACCAGUGAUUCCACCUGGGAGGUUGUCAAGAGACUGAGGAAUAAUGGGAUACCCCAGGACGUCCAGUGGAACGAUAUCGACUACAUGGAGCACGUCAUGGACUUCACUAUUGAUUCCACAAAGUUCGCCACUCUGCCAGAUCUGGUCAAAGACCUGCACGCUCACAACCAGCGCUACGUCAUGAUCCUGGACCCCGGCAUCAGCAGCACCCAGCCUGAGGGCACGUACUGGCCGUUCGAUGAAGGGCUGAGGAGAGACGUUUUCAUCAAAGAUGCUGAGGGAAAAACACUCAUUGGACAGGUGUGGCCCGGUCUGACAGCAUACCCGGAUUUCUCUGAUGAAGUGGCGCAUGAGUGGUGGUACGACAAUCUCAAGAUCUUCCAUGAGAAGGUGCCGUUUGAUGGACUGUGGAUCGACAUGAAUGAGCCGUCAAAUUUCCUGGACGGGUCGACAAAUGGCUGCCCAGCCAACAGCCUUGAAAAUCCUCCUUACACACCCGGUGUAUUGGGAGGUACGCUGAGAGCCAAAACUUUGUGUGCCACCGCUCAGCAGAAGCAGUCAAUGCACUAUAAUAUACACAGCCUCUAUGGACUAAUGGAAGCUAAGGCGUCUGCAAGUGCUCUGAAGCGGAUCAUUGCAAAGAGACCAUUCAUCAUCUCCCGUUCCACCUUCCCCAGUCAGGGGAUGUACUCUGGUCACUGGCUGGGAGACAACAGGAGCCAGUGGAAAGACCUUUACUCUUCUAUAGCAGGUAUGUUGACCUUUAACCUCCUGGGCAUCCCAUUAGUUGGAGCAGAUAUCUGUGGCUUCAGUGAGGAGCCACAAGAGGAGCUGUGUAUCCGCUGGACACAGCUAGGAGCUUUCUAUCCCUUCACACGCAACCACAAUGCCAUUGACAUGAUGCCUCAGGACCCGACAGCAUUCAGCCCCUUCGCUAACACAGCCAUGAAACAGGCCCUGCUGCUGCGUUACUCCCUCUUCCCCGUCCUCUACACACUCUUCCAUCACGCUCACAUUCACGGACACACUGUGGCACGGCCGAUCAUGUUUGAGUUCCCUAAAGAUGUGAGAACGUACGGUAUCGACAAACAGUUCCUGUGGGGGAAGAGUUUGUUGGUGACACCAGUGUUGGAGCCUGGAGUUGAUUAUGUGAUCGGCUACUUUCCAGAGGGUCUCUGGUAUGACUAUUAUACGGGCGAUGCUGUGCACAGUAAAGGUGAGGAGCUUCGUCUGGAAGCACCUCUUGAUAAGAUCAACCUGCAUUUGCGUGAGGGCUCCGUUAUACCAACACAGGCACCCAACCUGACCCUCUGGGUGAGCAGCGGUCAGCCUCUCCAUCUAGUCUCCGCUCUCUCCGAUGACGGUUCGGCCAGCGGAGAUGUGUUCUGGGACGAUGGAGAAAGCAUCGACACCUAUGAGAACGACAAAUACGCUUACAUCAUCUUUAAUGUCGCAAAGAAUGUGAUGACAUCCGAGGUGCUCCACAGCAAUGUGGAGGCCACAUUCAUCACGGUAGAGACGGCCUCAUUUUACGGCGUGAAGAAGGAGCCGAGCAGAGUGUUGGUGAAUACCCAGGAUGCAGCGUUCACCUACAAAGCCAAUCAGGUGUUGACAGUUAAAGAUCUAGGUCUUAAACUCAGUCAGAACUUCACCAUCAGCUGGAUGUAACCAGUCCGGAGGGUUACUUUUCAUGGAUUUAUUUCCUCUUUGCUCAUCUAAGUCAGUGUUAAGACAGUGAUGUUUUCACUCUGAGACAUUGGACGCUAAAGGAAACAAGAGCUAUGGUAAAAUAUUUAUUUUUAAACCGUGUAGGAAGGGUACACCUUUUUACAGUAGGGGACUGCAGAAGUGAAAACACCUUAAAGUUCACCAAACGAUCCAGCUCUCUCUUAAAGUUAUUGUUCCUAUGUUGUCUGAUGAUGAGCUUGAGUUCAGAGACAAAAACAAGCUGUCCAAUAAACAGGCGAGACUCUGGAGUGAUGGGAUCAGGUUUGUUUCCUCCAUAUUUGUAGUGCUACGUUUGAAGCAUACAACAUACACUGACAUACAGCUCGAGCACUGCUUUGAAUUUCUGUGUCUUGAAAAUGUCCUGAUAGUAAAACGAAAGCUGAACUUUCCCAAGAAUCCAACAAACAGCUUUGCUUUGGUACUUUUUUUUUUGUUUCAAAUCUGCUUUAAAAAAAAAACGUCCAUCAGCAGAGAGAUGAUGUGCAAUAAGUGAAAGAGAGGAUGAUGUGCUUUCUUAAAAUUGAGUCGCUUGAAUACAGCUCAAAGUGUAAUAUAUUUUUUGUGAUUGAAUGCUGAUUAAAGCCUAUUUUUUGCACUCAUGAGUGCUGCAGUAUUGUAAAGGUAGUUACAGGUGCCUUAUGAUUCCUGUUUGUGUGUGUUCCUGAGUGUCCCUGGGUUUGUUCCAGAUGUUUGUUUAUUCAGCUUUUUGUUAUCAAUGGUGGAAACCAGAGUUUUGCUAUGCACUAAGAUUACUUUAAUGUAGAAGAGCAGUCAACUAGAUCAUCUGCGAGUGUCCUGCAAACAUUUUACUGUGAAUAUUCACUGACAAUCUGAUAGUAGAAUACAACUAGAGAGCCAGUAGACCCACAUUAUGUUUUACAUGAAGAUCACUGGAGAUAAUUAAUUUAAAUUCGACCUUAAUGCUGUGAAAAUCUGAUUUGAAUUGAUAGCAUUUCUCACAGAACACCCACUGUGAAAAGAUUGCACCUCUUAAAGCAACUUUCUUUAAGCCAGAAUAAUUAGUUGAAGAAGUCAUCGAUGAAUGUGUGUUGUAAACUACGUAAGAGCUCAAAGUAUUUUAAAGCAUGUAAAGAUAAUGAUAGAGUAUAUUUUGCUGCCAUUUGUGUUGAAACUGUAGCUUAAUGUUUGCAACAUUUCAUGAUGAACUCUUGUGUUUUUGUUUUUUCAUUUGCUUAAAUUUAAAUAAACAAAGAACAUGAAACGAC